CCUCAGAAUGGCUGCCUGCUUAAGUGUAUAGGCCAACCUCCGAGGAGUGGCCUUCCGGGACCUUGUGAUGUAAGGAGCCACCCUUGUGGAUCGUCAUACAGCCAAACAUCUUUCCCAAGGAUGGACACAGAUCCAGUAGCUCAGACAAUCUUAAAACUCACUGUGGAUAUUGUCUGUAUGCUGAGCGGAGAGGACUACACAGUUGUGAAAACGCUUGGUGAGCAUGUAAAACCCCAGGGGUGUCUACGUGGAGGACUGAGCAGGACCAGGAGACCCAUCAUGGAGCCUCCACCUCACUCAGUGACUCAUGAGAAACUCAGUGACCAGAAGAUCCUGGGGCUCAGCAACAAGAUCAUUCAUCUGCUGACUGGAGAGGUGUGGAAGUAUUUAGGGAACACGUAUCAGUACAAGGAAAUUAUAGCAGAGAAUCACCCACUCAUCAGAUUGCAAGAUGUGUCCAAGGUGAGCGAUAUGUCGGGAGAACUUCCUAAUUGUGCAAAUGAAGAUGGAAGUAUUACGAAGCAGAAUAGAGAACCAAAAGAUUCUAAAAUAUGUUCCACAAAUAAGGACAACAGUGGGAAACAUUUGCGUAAAGAAUCGGUCUCAUGUGAUGAUGAUGAAAACCUCACACAAACUGACAUGUAUACACCCACAGAUCAUACACAGUAUGCAGUUAUUCAUAUUAAGGAGGAAUCCACCUCAUGUGAUGAAGGAGACCUCACAGACACUGACAUGUAUACACCCACAGGUCAUACCCAGUAUACAUCUACUAAUAUUAAGGAGGAACCAGUCUCAUGUGAUGGAGGAAACCCCACAGACACUAAGAAUUAUACACCCGCAUAUCAUACACAUAUGUAUACAUCUAUGCAUGUUACGGAGGAACCUGUCUCAUGUGAUGGAGGAGACCUCAUAGACACUGACAUGUAUACACCCACAGAUCCUACACAAUGUAUAUCUACUCAUAUUAAGGAGAAAUCAGUCUCAGGCGAUGGAGGAGACCUCACACACACUGACAUAUAUACACCCACAGGUCAUACACAGUAUACAUCUACUCAUAUUAACGAGGGAUCAGCCUCAUGUGAUGGAGGAGACCUCACACACUCUGACAUGUAUACACCCACAGAUCAUUCACAGUAUACAACUACUCAUAUUAACGAGGGAUCAGCCUCAUGUGAUGGAGGAGACGUCACAAACACUGACAUGUGUACGCGCACAGAUUAUAUGGAGAGCAGAUAUACAAUGGAGGAUAACUCCUUAAUAAUUCCGAACAAUCAUGAUAAUAAAACCGUUCCCAAAUCUCACCACAUAACACAACAUACAGACACUCUGUAUAACUAUGCUGAACGGGUCCCUAGUAACUUAGCCUAUAACAUACACCAGAGGUUUGACAACACAAACACAUCACAGCCUGGUCACCAGAGUAUAGGCAAAGGCAAGUUUGCCUGUUCUCAAUGUGGGAAGUGUUUCCCAUCUUCCUCCAAGCUUAUCAGACACCAGAGAAUACACACAGGGGAGAGACCAUAUACAUGUUUUACCUGUGGAAAAAGCUUCUCGAGUAGCACAAAUCUAACGACACAUCAGAGGAUUCACACUGGAGAAAAACCGUACUCUUGCUUGGAAUGUGGGAAAUGUUUCUCAGGGAGCUCCGAUCUCGUGAAACACCAGAGAACUCACACUGGGGAGAAGCCAUAUGGCUGCUCCGAGUGCGGGAAAAGUUUUACCAAUAGCCCAAACCUUAUUAUGCAUCGGAGAAUUCACACUGGAGAGAAACCGUAUUCUUGUUCCACCUGCGGGAAAUGUUUCCGUGGCCGGUCGGAUCUCGUCAAGCAUCAGAGGACGCACACUGGGGAGAAACCUUACUCCUGCCUUGAGUGUGGGAAAUGUUUCGCCCAGAAGUACUGUCUGAUCAGUCAUCAGCGAGUGCACACAGGGGAGAAGCCCUACUCAUGCUUCGACUGCGGCAAAUGCUUUGCCAGUGGUUCAAAUCUGGUGACGCAUCAGAACGUCCAUAUAGGGGAGAAGCCCAACCCGUGCCGCGAGUGCGGGAAAUGUACCAGGCACAACAGUAACCUGAACGCCAAUUUGAAAAUUAAUUCGGAAGUAAAACAAUUUGUUGUCGAAUAACGCGAGACCCAACUGCUGCUGAAAUAUUCUCCUGAAUAUUAACAUGAAUAAAAUCAAAAACAUUU